UCUGAAUCCCCUUUUGCAUUUGACCUUGGAAACAAGUUGCUGCAAAACUCUGCUGUGAGAAACUCACUUUUGGAAAGAGACUCCUUUUUGGACAAACUAACUCUCCGGAUCGAUCAUCGACUGUGGUAACCGGACGAGUCUGAAUAUGGCCCACAGGAGACCACCUCUUCACCCGGACCCCCUGCUGCUGGGAGCCGAGCAGCUUGACCCUGACCUUGACCCUGCAGAUGACGUGGUCUUCAUCAACGAGCGUCCUGGACAUAUCAUGGUUUUGAACGACGAUCCAGGUGGAGAGCCAGGCAUUCCCCAAUACGUCAUCGAUGACAUCAACGAGAUUCUCUGACUGUUAGCGGAGCAGGACACUGACGACACUGACGACACUGACGACACUGACGACACUGACGACUGGAGCGACGGAGACAGUGACGACUCUGGCUACGACUCCAUGACUGAGGCUGAAGAUGAGGAAGAUGAGGAAGAGGAACCCCUCGAGGAGGUGCUCCCACCAGAUGGCUUCUGGAUGAGAUGGCGCCAGGUGUCUCCUCCCGUCCCUGUUGGUCCUCCUGUCCCCGCUGGUCCUCCUACCGGUCCCCCAGUCUGUCCUCCUGCCGGUCGUUCCGCUGGUCCCCCCACUGGUCCUCCCCCUGGUCCUUCUUCUGGUCCUCCAGGUCCAUCCUUCAUCCCUCAGAGUCCAGAAGAGUGUGUCCCCUCGACCUCAGGCCUCGGCUCCACCUGGAAGAGGAGCAGGGAGGAGAGCAGCACGGAGCAGGUAAGUACGAAGAGGAAGAGGACGAGCGAUGAAGACCUCCCCGAAGACUCGGCUCCUUCAACGUCCGGCCUCGGCUCCAGCACUAACGGGAAGUUCUGGCACGGUCCUUCUCGGUUCACAGGAUGGAGCGAGGACACGGACUCUGACUCUGACUCUGACUGA